AAACUGUAACCUUGACUACAUGAUAUAUUAGAGAUUGUUGUUAUGGUUACAACAUGUAAAAUCUUAUAAAAAUGAUAUUUUGAAUACUCAUACAUCAUUCAUGUAAUCAAUGUUUAUCCAACAAAUUAUCCUUAUUGAUUAAUUACAAUAAGAUAGUUACAAAAUGAAUCUAUCACCAUCGAAACUAAAUUCAAAAUCAAAUGAAUUAGAAACAGUCAAUGAAGAAUCCACUAUAAAAGAUACAAAUACAAAUGAUGUAAUGAAUCAAGAAAGAAACUCGAGAUUAGAUAUAUUAUCAAAAGCUAAAGGUGUUAAAAGAUUAUCAUUGAUAAAACAUUCAAUCACUGCAGAAUCUCAACCACAAACUCCAGCAAGUUGUCCCAAUCGUUCACCAUUAUCCAGUUUCAACACUUCUCUCAAUGGUCCAACAUCAGCAGUCGAAACAAAUAAAAUAUUGACUUUUCGAGAAGUUGAUCAUCCAACAAAUGUUAUCACUAGUAGGAAGAUCAGUCAAAACAUUCAAUCAUCAUCAUCAGCAGCAUCCUCUCUGACAUCUUUGACAAACACUAGUCGACCACCAUUGUCACUAUUGGGUAUUCUGGCUGCUAAACGAAUCACACGGAAAUUUCUAUCGACAUUGGCUGAUGAGAAACAUCAAAGACGUCUGAGUACAUUCAGUAGACUAUCUUCUUAUAGUCCAGCAUCAUAUAAUUUAAUCAAUUAUCUACCAACAUUUCAAUUAGGCCCAAAAGAAAUAUUCAAUGUUAGUAAUGUAAAACCUAGAAUAGAACAAUUAGUUCAAUCACGUAUUGAAACACUUCCACCAACUUAUGAACGUUUUAAAGCUAAUCGAUUAUGUAUAUCAUUGGCAAAUGAAAUUAAAGCAAUGCUUAAAGCACAUGGAGAAGAACGAUAUCGUUAUUUAGUAUUUUGUUUAGUCAUGCAAAAUUGUAAACAAAUGGCUGGAUUCACUAAUCGUGUAUUAUGGGAUAUGAAUUAUGAUCGAUCAUUCUAUGUGAAUCAAACAAAUACAUCGUAUCAUAUAUCAGUCAGUUGUUUUAUUGUAUACAAAGAAUAGACUGAUUAGAUUAAUCAUGAUUUACUUUAUGAUUAUAUGGAUCAAAUGAAAUGAUGUUUAUCCUGUUCAAAUCAACUUGCUUUUAUACUACUACUUAUUAAUAAUUAGUAGGCAUUUCUAUGCUUAACAAUCUUAUGGUAGAUAAAAACAGAUCAAACAAAUGAGAUGGAUGACUAAUGAUUAUAGUGACUAUUGUAUGGUGUUUUGUUCACAUGUUAUUCACUUCAAAUCAACUAACGUUUUGUACUUGCUUUUAUAUUACUUAUUAACAAUGAGUAGGCAUUUCUAUUCAUAACCAUCUAUAUAUGUAUUGUGAAAUAAUUACAUAUACUUGUAGUGACCUACUUUUACCAAGAGAACGCGUUUGGUUUGAUGGAAACAAUUAUAAUUAUAAUCAAUUGUACCAGUGAUUGUUUUACUGUACUUGUUUGUUUAUCUGUACCAAAAUAUAUACAUUAUUCCUUCCGUUGAUUGUGACCUUUCACCAAAUCGGUUACGCUCAGUAACCACACAAUCUCGGUAUUCUUUCGAUACCACGAGAUCGCCAACAAAUGCAUCUCGACUACAGGCAUUAACUGCCUUCUGAUAUUUGGCUCACGGGGAUGUUAUUGGUUAACUGGCACGCAGUCUUCCUGUAGUAGUGAUCAUAGUCAACCGCGACUCGACGCCACGCUACAUACUUAUAACAUUUAUUGUAUUUAUUAUUAUAAUUGCAUUCUGUCAACCCAUAUAAUAAGUUUUGAGAGUUUCGUAUAGUUGCCGAAUUGUUUUUCAAAUACAUCAGUUUCUGUACUUG